AUGACUGCUGCUGUCACCCCUCCUGUGAAGAAGGCAUGCGACGCGUGCCACCGCCGCAAGGUCAAGUGCAGCGGAGGAGAGCCAUGUAAGAACUGUGCUCAGACGAAGCUGCAGUGCACGUAUCUAGCGAUCCCACAGAAGAAGGGACCGAAAGGAUCCCGAGCGAAAGUCAUCUCAGAGAUACGCGACACGCAGAUUCACCUACAGCAGCAACUUCCGCCAGCAGAGGGCAUUCAGCAGAAAUCAUCCCAAGAUCCGACCGGUGCUCUUACCACACCUACUUUGCUUCGCGGUCAAUCCAGUCCAUUCGACUUCAAUGGGCCGCUCACGCCAACAUAUUCGAGGACGCCAGGACUUUUGUCGCAGCAAACUAUCGAUGCAUGCUUGGCUUUCUUCUUUGAACAUUUGUAUCCGACUAUGCCGAUCUUUCACCAGCAGCAAUUGACGACGUUGAUGUACAGCGAUGGCUCAAACCAACAGGACGCAUACUGCCUGGUGGCUUCCCUGUGCGCUUUUGUCAUGGUUCAACCGGGCAUGAACCUCAACGUGUCCGGGGCAAUAGGCGAAUCAUAUGCUGGUGAACCACCGCAGAAUCGGUACGGGUUCGCCAAGCUGCUGUUGGACGAUCUCAUUCGGGUCCGACACGGCAGAGAUUACGUCGAGCAGCCGACUUUGGCUACAGCACAAACUUCAUUCUUUGUGUUCUGUUCGUACUUCACUCUUGAGAAGCAGAAUUCAUGUUGGUACUAUCUGCGCGAAGCAAGCACAUUGGUUCAGCUCAUGAAGAUGCACGAGGAGUCGACGUACUACCAAGGAGAUGCUGAAGACAACGAAUUCAAACGAAGAACAUUUUGGCUGAUUUUAUUGUCCGAGCGUGCGUACGCCAUGGAGCGACAUCGCACGCUAAGUGUACAUCCUACGAUCGAGUUCCCUCAGAUGGCUGGGCCUGAAGCAGAGGUCAUGCAAGGUUUUGUAUACCUGUCCAAAUUGUUCUGCUGCAUUGACGACGAUUUCAUGGCCUUGUGGAACAAGACUAAAAGCGACUGCUCACCGGAGUGGCUGUCUCGACUCCAACAGCGCUUCUGCGAAGUCCUGCCGCCUGAUCUGCAAGCGACAGAGCAUCAGAUCGCAGACUUAAGGAUCACUCAGCAGUGGCUUAGGAUCAUGGUAUGGCAAUUGAGUGUCGCUCAUGGACACAUCUCGAGCCAUUCGCAAGAUCCAGCAUUGAGCUUCCUGUAUCCGAUCGAAGUCGUCAAAGACCUGCUCGGAGAUAUCAAAGAGCUCAGUCUCGCCAGUAUGGAAGUUCACGGUGUCGGACUGAUCGAAAAGCUGUUUGACGUGGCAUGCACCCUGAUCGAUGUCAUUACAUGCGUCCCACUCGAUUCGGGCAACACUGAGCCCAAGGAGAAUCUGGCGUACAUCCUUCAGCUAGUCUCCAAACUUCGCGGCGGCGCUUCGCGAUAUCUGCCUCUUCUCGCAGCGCGAGUAAAAGAGAUUCCAAGCUUUGCUCCGCCAAGCCAGCAGAUGCCGUUGAGCAUCAAGCAGGGCUAUGCGGGCGCGAGUGACCAUCUGCCGACGCCAAUGAUGCCGCUGACGAACGGCGGCAUGCCUCAAUUCAGCAAUCUCGACAUGGAUUUGCGGCCGAUCAAUCGACAGAUCAACGCGAACUCGGGCAUCAUGUUUGACACCUAUAGCCCGUCGACACAGAAUAGUCCGCAUCUAUCGGCGUCGCCACAUUUGGAACGCACGCCUGAUGGGUACCCGGCGGUGGGACCAGCAUCAUUGCCUCGGAGUGUACCGGCGGUCAGCCCGUACGAAACCUAUCCUGGGUAA